AUGGGAGACGAAGAAGUUCAAGCACUUGUUGUAGAUAAUGGAUCAGGAAUGUGUAAAGCCGGAUUUGCUGGUGAUGAUGCACCAAGAGCUGUAUUCCCAUCCAUUGUUGGUAGACCAAGACACGUUUCAGUUAUGGCUGGUAUGGGUCAAAAGGAUGCUUAUGUUGGAGAUGAAGCUCAAUCAAAGAGAGGUAUUCUUACACUUAAAUAUCCAAUUGAACACGGUAUUG